AUGAGUAACCCCGAGUUCCUAGUCCAGUGGGUUACUUUUGCAUCUAAUACCCCCCACGGAAGGGCCAUGCCAACUCAAUCAGACGUGGCAGAGUCAAUCGGACGUGGCAGAGUCAAUCGGAUGUGGCAAAGUCAUUCGCUCUUUAAGAAGGCAAUUGAAACAUUACGGCUUUUACUAGAGCCCAACGCAGAUAUCAACAAAGACACUCUUGGCAGUACAGCAUUAUCCUGGGCUGCCACCAAUAGCUAUGUUGACACAGUGUGGGCGUUGUUGGAGCACAAAUUGGAUGUCAACAAAGUCGACACUCUUAGUUGUUCGAUCGCUCAAGUUUCCAUAGGUCGAAGAGGACUCACAAGACACUCACGCACCAUCGCUACCAUAGCUAUUAGCUUGCCUCUACCCCGAAAAUCAAGGAAAAGAUCUAGAACUGCACUCCUAAUUCCAACAGACCACUCCUGA